AAUACGUCUUCCAUCUCACGCCAUAUGAUAACAGCAGCGAAAUGUGUUGUAAAAUAGGUGGUAUCCCUAUAAACGCUAUGAUCGAUUCGGGAUCAAAAUACAACUUAAUCAGCCAAAUUGUCUGGGAGCAACUAAAGUCCCAACAUGUUGUAUCAAAUCAACACCGUGAUGCCACAAUUACACUCAAGGCAUAUGGCGGACAGGUACUGCCGCUCGUAGGUGUGUUUACUGCUACAGUUACUUUAGGCUCAGCAGAAACUACUGCCGAUUUCUAUGUUGUGAAGGGUGAUGGCAAAACUUUAAUUGGGCGUGAUACGGCUACUCUCAUGGGAGCGUUGAAAAUUACCGUUCCUGUAAAUACGGUUGACAACGAAAACCAUAAACUGUCGACCUUGAAGAAUGUUGUGGUAGAUAUACCAAUAAAAUCAGGUUCAGUAGCUGUCGCUCAGCCAUACCGUCGAAUACCGGUUGCCCUGGAAAAACUAGUCGAUAAAAAACUGGAUGAACUACUGAUUCAGGGAGUUAUCGAGCAAGUAAAUGAGCCAUCUAAGUGGGUAUCACCUGUAGUAGUUGUCCCUAAAGGAAACAACGAUGUUCGCAUAUGUGUAGAUAUGCGGCGCGCUAACGAGGCGGUUGAGAGAGAAAAUCAUCCACUACCUACUUUUGAGGACUUCUUACCACAUAUGGCUAAGGCAAAGGUAUUUUCCCGUCUGGACAUUAAAAAUGCUUUCCACCAGGUAGAAAUUUCAAAACAAUCUCGGGGGAUUACUACGUUCAUCACACGUAGAGGGUUGUUCCGUUACACCAGACUUAUGUUUGGGAUAAACUGUGCACCAGAGCUGUUCCAGAAAACUAUGGAACAAAUUCUUACAGGCUGUGAAGGAUGCUUGAAUUACAUCGAUGACAUUAUUGUAUACGGAUCGCAUAGAGAUGAACAUGACAAAAGACUGACAAAGGUUCUCCAAAGGCUCAAAGAGUGGAACGUGGUGCUAAAUGCAGAUAAAUGCGUUUACGGGGUAUCAGAAAUGAGAAUUUUAGGGCAUGUUAUAUCUGCAGAAGGAGUAAAACCAGACAAAGAUAAACUAAAUGCGAUACGAAACUUCAGGGCACCAAAAUCAGCAGAAGAAGUUCGAAGUUUUUUAGGUUUAGUAAAUUAUGUAGGAAAAUUUAUCCCUGAUAUGGCAACCAUUACACAUCCAUUACGACAGCUAACAGUUGAAAAGGAAAAAUUUGUAUGGAAAUCAGAGCAUCAUUCAGCGUUCGAGAAACUCAAAUCGUUUAUGAUAAGCCCAUCAACACUAGGUUUUUUUGAUAUUGGAGAUAGAACACAGUUAAUUGCUGACGCAAGUCCUGUUGGGUUAGGAGCGGUAUUAAUACAGAUAAAUUCAGAAGGAAAUCCGAGAGUAAUUGCAUACGCAAGCAAAAGUCUAUCUAAUACAGAAAAACGCUAUGCACAAAUUGAAAAAGAGGCCCUAGCGCUUGUUUGGGCAGUAGAACGCUUCCAUUUUUAUCUAUAUGGUCGUCAAUUUGAACUUAUAACAGAUCAUAAACCAUUAGAAAAAAUAUUUAGUACAAAAUCGAAACCAUGUGCCAGGAUCGAGAGAUGGGUAAUACGGCUGCAAUCUUACAAAGCAUCUGUUAUUUAUAGACCAGGGAAAUCCAAUAUUGCUGAUCCACUUUCACGCCUCGCGAUCACAGAGACCGUAGAAGGUAAACCAUUUGAUGAGUUUUCUGAACAGUAUGUGGCAUGGAUUAUUUCCAAUGCAUCACCAGUAGCGCUAAAGCUUACAGAGAUAGAAAAAGCUUCAAAAGCCGAUAAAACUAUUCAAGCGGUUCGUCAGGGAAUCGAAAAGAAUGAAUGGACCGAAGAUACUUCGACAUUCAAAAUAUUUUCUACUGAACUAUGCUUUGCUAACAAUAUACUGUUGCGAGGAAACAGAAUAGUUAUGCCUGCUUCAUUAAGAGAAAGGACCUUACAUCUAGCCCAUGAAGGUCACCCAGGUAUGAGCAUUAUGAAACAGCGAUUAAGGGCCAAAGUAUGGUGGCCAAAACUUGACUUACAAGUAGAACAAUACGUCAGGAAUUGCCGGGGAUGUAUGCUGGUCUCUGCAGCGCCCGCUCCAGAACCAAUGAAGCGAAGAGAAUUGCCAUCAGCACCAUGGCAACACGUGGCCAUUGAUUUUCUAGGACCUCUCCCAUCAGGCCAUUCGUUGUUAGUAGUAGUCGAUUAUUUCAGUCGCUACAUAGAAGUAGAAAUUAUGAAAAAGACGGAUUCUAUACAGACUAUAGGACGGUUAAAUUCAAUUUUUGCACGAUUCGGACUACCUCUAUCUAUUACUGCAGAUAAUGGGCCGCAGUUCUCAAGCGAAGAGUUCCUACAGUUUUGCACCACCAAUAACAUUAAAUUGAUCAGUACCACCCCAUACUGGCCGCAACAAAAUGGUGAAGUCGAAAGACAAAACCGAUCCCUUCUUAAACGACUUGUCAUCAGUCAAUCAAUGAAUGCAAAUUGGAUCGAAGAGCUUAACAAAUACCUAUUAAUGUAUCGAUCUUCUCCUCAUUCAGUCACUAAGAAAACACCGUCGGAGAUGCUUUUUAAUUAUAACAUAAGAGAUAAAUUACCAUCUAUAUUUAAUCCAAUAGUUGAACAUGAAGAAGUGGCAGACAGAGAUAAGGAAGCUAAACACAAAGGUAAAAUGUAUUCAGAUAAACGAAGAAACGCAAAAGUUAGCUCAAUAUGCCCGGGUGACGAAGUUCUGGUCAAACGAGUGCGUAAAACCAACAAACUAUCAUCUAACUUUGGGACAAAAGUUUUUAAGGUGGUUGAAAGGAAAGGAGGAGAUGUAUUAAUAGCAUCAAAAGAAUCCGGUUUGAAAUACCGGAGGCACGUAUCUCAUUUGCUUAAAGUUUCUACAGAAGAAGGUAACCCCCUUGCACCAGAAUCAGUAGACAACGGAAUGGUAGAUCCAAAUAACAAAGAAAAGAAUGUUACUUGCAAAGAUACCACAAGCAAAUUAACUGAUAGAAGUCUUAGCUAUAAGCCAAGUAAUGAGACCACAAGAUCUAAAAGAACUAUUCAAAAACCAAAUUACUUAAACGACUAUAUUAGCAGUUAGAAAUCCAUUAGUUAGUAAGCAAUACAUUAUCUAUAAAAAAAGGAAAGUGAAUGUAGUAUAGCAACCUUAUAGAUACGUUGUAUAUAUAAACCUUGUUAUGUUGCUUGACAGAUGAAAGAUGGAUUAACAAUAAAGGGCAAUCGCAUGUGGAA